AUGCCUCAUAAAUCCAAAGCCCAUGCGGCCCGGGACUCCCCGCCCCGGAGUGUCGAAGACCAAGAAGAAGAAGAGUUGGAAUUGAAUGAUCCUCCCAGUGUUGAUCCCUACAAUGUCCUGAAAAUCUCCGAAACCGCAACCGCCGAUGAGAUCAAAUCAGCUUACCGUAAACUCGCUCUCAAACACCACCCGGACAAAGCCCGUCCUGAAGACCGCGAAAGCGCCCACAAAGCCUUCCAGGAGAUUGCAUUCGCGUAUGCCAUUCUCAGCGACGACCGCCGGCGCAAGCGUUACGAUGCUACAGGCAAUACGGCCGAAAGCGCCAACAUCGACGACGAUGACUUCAACUGGGUCGAUUUCUUCCGUGAGCAGAGAGCCAACGUCGUCAGCGGUGAUAUGAUCGAGCAGAUCAAGAAGGAAUACCAGGGCAGCGAAGAAGAGAAAGAAGACGUUUUGGCCGCCUAUGAGGAAGGAGAGGGUGACAUGGACGCUGUCUUCGAGAGUGUCAUGUGCAGCGAGGUUUUGGUAGAUGAAGAGCGAUUCAGGCAGAUCAUUGACGACGCUAUCGACAAGGGGGAAGUCCCGGCAUUUGACCGGUAUACUAAGGAGGGAAAGAAAAGCCGAGAACGAAGGAAGACGAAUGCGAAGAAGGAGGCCGAAGAAGCCAGAGAAUACGCACGGGAGUUGGGUGUCGAGGACAAGCUGUUUGGGAAGACGGACUCGUCGAAGAAGAAAAAGCCCAAAAAGUCGACAGACGAUGGUGAACACGAUGCGCUCAAGGCGCUGAUCCAGCAGCGACAGCAGUCCCGCGCGCAAAACUUCUUUGAUGAUCUGGAGGCCAAGUAUGGCGGAGCCUCCACAAAGAAAGGCAAGCGCAAGGCCCUGGAAGAGCCGCCCGAAGAAGCGUUCCAGAAGAAUGCGAAGAAAGGAAAGAAGACCGCAAAAGCAUGA